AUGAAACUAGAUCGUGCCAUCAAGCCCGUCCACUUAGUUUUCGCCGCAGCUGGUCUGCUGGUGCUCGCCGUCACACUCAUCAUUUCGUCUGCCAACGUCCAAACCAUCGAACCUGUGAAGAAAACGGUGUUACAAGCCACCAAGAAAGAAAACUACAACUCCUACUACGUGAAUGUCAACAGUUACCUUUCAGGAGGCAAGAAGCACGGAGUCGACGCUCUUGCCAAGCAGUCGUUCAUAAGCAUGGAGGAGGAAAAGCUACACAAAUACGUCGAUAAGAACAAGAAGGAACAGACAAGAAGGGAGAAGGAGGAAGCAAAGAAGGCCGCUAAGGAGGCUAAGGAGGCCGAGGAAGCUAGACAGGCAGAGCAGAACAAUGAAUCGUCCGACUGA